AUGGCCCAGUUAAACAACGAAAGCCGUGAGUUCAAUAGCGCAAAAUUAGACAUCGCGAUCGUAGGAGCGGGAAUUGGUGGUUUGUCAGCCGCCAUCGCUCUAUCUCAGGAUGGGCACCGGGUCACGGUGUAUGAGUCUACCCCAGAGCUCUCCGAGAUUGGUGCCGGUGUACAAAUGUCACCGAAUGGUGUUCGCUACUGGCUCAACUGGGGCGUGGACCAGAGCCUAUUGCAGAUAUCCGCUCUUCCAUCCGAGCUGCAUAUGCGACGCUGGAGAGACGGAGAGUUCCUCGCUCGAACGGAAUUCAAUCCAGAUUUUGAAAAGAGAUUCGGGGCGCCAUACCUAGUGAUUCACCGCGCUGAGCUGCAUAAUGUGCUUUACCAGCAUGUUCUCGAACAGGGGGUAAAUAUCAGACUCGGCAGUCGCGUCGUUGAUUAUGACAUGGAUACACCAACAAUCACAUUUGAAACCUGUGAAGUGGUACAACCAGACCUUGUGGUUGCCGUCGAUGGAAUUAAUUCUUUCGCGAGGACGAAGCUUCUGGGGACCACCGAAACCGGCGGUCCCCGUAAGACUGGGGUCGCUGCGUAUCGACUUAUAGUCGAGGUGUCCGAUCUGCUGGCAGAUCCGGAGACUGCGUGGAUUGUGUCGAAUCCUAACCUGAACCUCUGGUUGGGAAAUAACUGUUCAGCAAUGGCCUACAUGAUAUCCAAUAAAACACGAUUGAACUUGGUACUGUCGCACCCCGAUGCGAGCGACACAUCCAACAUGUCUCAGGAAGAACUCACCCAGGAAAUGUUAUCAUACUUUCACAACUGGGACCCGACGUUGAUGAAGAUUGUACAAAAGAAGAAGUCGAUCCAUAACUGGCCCCUGUUCGAAGUAGAGCCCCUUGAAAAAUGGGCAUCGGACUCUGGGAAAUUCAUCCUGAUUGGGGAUGCGGCUCAUGCCAUGGUACCUUACUUGUCAAUGGGCGUCACCAUGGCCGUUGAGGAUGCGGCUACAUUAUGCAAAGCCUUAUCUUAUGUAACUAAUAAGCGUGAUCUUAAGCCCGCCCUCAAGCUAGUGGAGAAACUGCGUGUCGCUCGCACGAAAAAGGUUCAAGCAGCGAGCCUUGCCAAUGGGCGAGUUCUUCAUCUCUGUGAUGGCCCGGAACAGGAAGCCCGAGACGCUGCAAUGCGCCCCUCGGUAGAUGGGGCGCUACUGGAGCAAAGCCCCUACGGCAUGAGCGACCGGGCAACACAGGACUGGUGCUAUGGCCACGAUGUAGAGCGAGAUGUCGAAGAGGCCUGGGCCAAACUCGGUAGAAGCCAACGCAUUCACGCGUCCGGACUACCAGAAGCAAAGCUUUGCUAA